CACUCGGCGGAUAAGCGAUCGUUGGCCGAGCGAUCGGCGCGCAGAUCGAGCGGAUCGACUGACGUGGUGGGUCGGGAGUGGACGCGCGGUGGCCACAUCGGCGACCAGUUACGCGCGAAUGGUCUUCGGACGUUGAAGUCGCGAAGCAGCGCGACGAUUGUGCGAUUAAUUCUUCUCCUCGCUCAUUCCAGACGAGAUCGGUGAAUAGAUCCUCGAUAGAAUGGUCCUGUUCACGAUAAUCGCGAGGGUGGCAGACUCCCUGCCACUGGCGGCCACCAUGCAGGACAACGAGCAGGAUGGUAAGAAUAUUGUGGAAUAUCAAAAUCAAGCAAAGAUGCUAUUCAGAAAGCUAGGUCCACAGUCUCCGACAAAGUGUACCAUCGAAACCGGACCAUAUCUUUUCCAUUAUUUAAUCGAAAAUGAGGUGUGUUAUCUGGUAUUAUGCGAAAGGAAUUACAGCACACGCAUAGCUUACAGCUAUUUGGAAGAUAUAGCACAAGAGUUUCAUUCUCAGUAUGGAAAACGUGUAAAUACAGUGACCAGGCCUUAUACCUUUAUUGAAUUUGAUACGUACAUUCAGAAAGCCAAGAAGAUCUUUAUGGAUAGUAGAUCUCGCAGAAACUUGAACACGCUUAACAGCCAGUUGCAAGAUGUGCAAAGAAUCAUGGUACAAAAUAUCGAUGAUGUUUUACAAAGGGGUACCGUACUUUCAGAAUUGGAUUCGAAGACCCAAAACUUGUCUAUGUUGUCACAAAAGUAUAAAAAAGACGCGAGACAUCUAAACAGCAAAUCGAUGUACGUGAAAGCUGUUGCAGGUCUUGUUGCAUUUUUGGUCUUUUUGUUAUAUUUCUUCAUUCUUUAGUUAAACAACACGAAUAAAAAACUUCAAUAUUAUACGUCAAAGGUAUUCCAUUUUCAAAGAUAGGAUAUUUUUGUUUAUCUCUCAUAAUUGCGGAGUAUUUGUGUGAUUCCAACAUCCAUUUAUAUUUAUAGAAGUGGAAAAUGAAAACUUUCAUAU